GCGCGUUUCUCUCGUUGCUUAGUGCGCAAGGCUGAGGAGACGCAAAAUGGAGGCUGUGUGGAGCUGUGUCUGAAACGGGGUUAUAAAGACAGGAUCGGGGGCUGCGAGCAGCGCCGAGUUUUUUGAAGAACGCAGAUCUUUCCCACGGACAUACCCGCGGACCCACCCAGGCUUGUGUGCAGAGCGGGUGGGGAGGAGGAGGAGGAGAGGGGAGUGGAAGGAGCUUCAAAUCAUGACUAUGAGAUCCACGGUGUUUAAACCGGGAAGCCUCAAGAUCGAGAGAGAUUUGAACCCGGAGAAGCUCGACUUUGAAAAGGCGCAAAGCGGGGGCUGUGCCGCUUCUCCAGCCGCCGCCGCCGCCGGUGUCAACAUCAAGCGAGAACCGGGCGAGCUGGUCCUGGAGCCCGGCCACGGUGGCGGCUUGCCCGUCGUGCUGGGCAACAUCCACAACAGCGCCAACCCGCACUACCAUAGUAAGAGCCGCAAGCUGAAGGAGAACAACGCCAAUAGCAAUAAAGCAGGCGGCCGGACCCUGAGCGGCGUUGCCGGGCUGAACAAAGCGCCAGGGGUGUGCUUGGGUCUCGGGCAGGAGGAGAACUGGAUGAGUUUGGGAGGGGUGAACAACAGCAAGCAGAUGGGAGGCGACGGCGCCCAGGCCAAGAACAGAAAUGUAUUCGUAACGGGACAGACCGAAAACAAUAUAAAGACUUCGACUGCGGGGUCCCCGCUUAACUCGACUGCUAACAUUAAUAGCAACCCGAGAGAGCUCGGCGGUACCGAGGCAACGGCGGGCGGAGCGGGGUGUUUGGAGCUGAACAUGGAGGGCAGGUGGAAAAACGCGAAGAAGAACCCGAACCACAGCCCGACCCAAGCGACCUGUCUGCGGCAGAUCCUGCUGCUGCAACUGGACCUGAUCGAGCAGCAGCAGCAACAGCUGCAGGCGAAAGACAAAGAGAUCGACGAGCUGAAAUCCGAGAAGGAAACGCUGCUGGCUCGUAUGGAGAGGAUGGAGAGGAGGAUGCAGUUGGUGAAGAAAGACAACAGCAAGGAGCGGCAGAAACUUUUCCAGCCUCUGGAGCUGGAGGGACUGGGGGUGGAGUCGGAGCACAGCGAGAGGGAGGAGCCUCAGGAGGGAGGGGCGGAGAACCCGCAGCUCCCCUCCCCAAAGCCCACGCCCUUCGGACGUGGGGGGCACAAGCGGAAGUUUGGUUUCUGGAAUUCAAAGACUCCGGUCAAGAAGCUGACUGCAGAGUUCACGAAAGCCAGGGGCAAGACCCCCAAGUUCUCCCUGCUGAAGGAGUCCGAGGCCGGGGGGUCCCCUUUCCAGUGGGAGCUGCGCAGCAAGGAGACCCCUGAGAAAGCGUGUGCAGCCGGGAGGGUGCAGGGAGACGCCCCCACAGCGCUCAAGGGGAGCCCCGUGAGCCCGCAGCCCCAGGAGGAGCCCCGCAGCUCGGGCACGGAGGCGGAGGAGCUGCCCUUCAUGUCCACCACAGAGAUGUACCUGUGCCGCUGGCAGCAGCCGCCCCCCUCCCCGCGGCGCAAGACCGCCAGCAAGAAAGAGGAGAGCGUAGCCAUCCCGUCCUGGAGAGAGCACUCUGUGGAGCCCUUGAAGGAGGUGGCUCCCCCUGAUUUCAUAGAGAAUUUGGAUGACGGCGUCUUUUUGAAGCGUCACGCGAAGCUGGAAUUGGAUGAAAAGAGGAGAAAAAGGUGGGAUAUCCAGCGCAUCAGGGAGCAGCGCAUGUUUCAACGGCUGCAGCAGCGCAUGUACAAGAAGAAAGGCAUCCAGGAGUCGGAGCCGGAGGUGUCCUCCUUCUACCCAGAGACUGACGACGUGGAGUCCCUGAUGAUCACCCCUUUCCUGCCUGUCGUAGCGUUCGGACGGCCCUUGCCGAAACUCACGCAACAAUGGUAUCCUGGGGCCGCAGAGGGGCUAAUGAGAGUUUCACAGAAACAGCAGUCUUCCAAAUGCAAGAAUUUCGAGCUUCCCUGGCUGGAUGAGCGAAGCCGCUGUCGGAUCGAGAUGCAGAAGAAGCAGACCCCGCACCGAACCUGCCGCAAGUGAGGAAGAGGCUUUCUUCAUCUCGUCCUCGUCCUCCUCACGCUGUUACACUGAGAGAGGGCUCGUCCUCCUCGCGCUGUUACACAGAGAGAGGGCUCGUCCUCCUCGCGCUGUUACACAGAGAGGGGCAAUUUAUAUAUACAAGAACAAAGCAGAGAACAUGGCCAGCCUCUUAAGAUGACAAACAGCACCACAUGUGACUUUAAUUUAAACUAUACAGAGAACGAGCAGCCGCUUAUAUAGCGGAUAUUUCUCGCUGUUCAGGAGAGAGUGAAGGAGCGUUGUGCCAGCCUCGCUGUCUCCUCCACUCUUGCGCUGAUAAAGCAGCCCGGAUUUCAUCUUAAUGUCUUCACGGGAGCGACAGAGAGACUGCAGAGAGCACUGGGGCGCCGGUUCGGGUCUGGCUUCGUUUUUCUUUGUUUUUUUUUUCCUGUGCUUUUUCAGUGGUGGUUUUAAAGGAUUUAAAAAAACAUAAAUACUGUAAAGCCAGUUUCUCUUCUUGUUAAGCAGAAAAACAUCUUGACUGGAAUAUGAAAAGGAAGAGGCGGCCAGCCCCUCUUUGUUUUUUAAUUUUUUUUUUUUUUUGAAGCACCAUCUAUGACCCUGCAUAUCAGAUUUAUUUUUGUUAGUGGAUUUUCAGGCUUGCUGUUUUGGGGUAUUUUGCUGUUCACCCUUCAAACGGAUCUGUUAAAAGUUGAUGUUUAAUAAUGCACGCAUGCACCCGAAAACAAAAACAGGGCACUUUGCAAAAAAAAAAAAAAACAGACUUUGCAGGACCCCCCCCCCCCCUUAAACAUCAAAAGUGAACCUUUUGAGCAUGCCGUGUCACUGCUGUUGCAGGAUAUAUGAAGCUGUCGGUGUGUGGCUUUCUCUCUGCUCCUCACCGCUGCGAAUCUUCUCAAGUUCACUCCACUGUCUCGAGGGUGGACCGCCUCCUCGGGUAACGGCAUGUGCGGCCCCUCCAACCCGCAGUAUUGUCAGGAUUACCUGUGUCACUGCGGUAAUAGACGCAGUCGCUAUUGAGGAAAAUGAAGCUGAGGGGUGGGGGAGCUAUUUGCUACCGUUUUACCUGCAGUCAAGGUAAAUUCCGAAGUUUGGAAUAACUUUGGAAUCCGUUUUCUUGGUCCUGGCUGCCCUGUAGGGUAAGUCCUGCAGCACGUACACGCUUCACAGCCGGUCCGGAGGCAUGGUUCUGUUUGACGCACGUGUACACUAGCUGUGUGCAUUUGUUUUGACGCAUUGAUUUUAAUGUAAAUGUCGCUGUCCUGGUGCCGGUCUCGCCAUCCUCUCUUUACCACGAUGGAGAGAAAACAAACUGGAGACUGGAGAGGAGGGGGGUGGGUGUAAAUUUGAUCACUUCUGUAAAUAGCUUUGAGAAAAACAUCGCUGUAAAUAUAUAGACAACACCUGUCUCAUUGUUUUGUUUUUUUUUUGUUAUUAUUUAAAAGUUCGAAUUCUUAAAAAAAAUCUUGAGUGUUAACGUU